AUGGGCUUCAGCUCGAAUUGUCAUGGAAGAUAUUGGUUCGGCCCACGAGAUGUUGCGGUUUGGCCCAGUAAACUUCAUACGCUCAACCGGUUUGUCCGUGCACUCUCCGGUUCGUCCGUGCACUCUCCGGUUUGUCAUUUAUCUUGGGAAAGGAUGUUGGCUCGUCACUUCUUCAUGGGCGAGCUGACUGUUAAUUGGUUCGGCACGGAUUUUGCACGAUGUUUCGUACGAACUUCGCACGAAAAGGGUCAACGACCAGCUAAAACGCUCCUUCACUCUUUGGCUCGUCGGUCUGUCAACGAGCUGAAAAACGGGUUCGGCACAGAACUAGCACAUGAUUCGGCUCGGCACGAUAUUUGCACGGGAGAUGGUUCGCACGGAUUUUGCACGGAGGUUGAUUAUCGACGAGCCAACAGCUUCGCUAUACUCUGCUUCGUCAGUUUGGCUAGACACACUCCUAUACUUACUAAUUUUAUCUGUUGA